UGUGAAAAAAAUGGAGAUGUCAAGAAGAGAAGGUCAAAUCAGGCAGAUAGCCCUGAUAGUCUUUGUCAAGAAGCAGAAACAUGCUAUCGGCUUAGACUGCCUGAAGACUUCUAUCAGUUUUGGAAGUUUUGUGAGGAACUAGAUCCUGAGAAACCAAGUGAUGCACUUGUGUCAAGUGUUGGGCUUACACUGGUUGGACCAUAUGAUAUUCUUGCUGGAAAACACAAAACAGCAAAAUCAACAGAUCUGGACUUCAAUCUUCAUUGGAGAUUCUUCUAUGAUCCCCCAGAAUUCCAGACGAUACUUGUCGGGGAUAGCAAAACACAGUAUCACAUGGGAUAUUUCAGGGAUGUGCCAGAUGAGCUUCCAGUGUGGGUUGGUGCAAAUGAAGCUAAGAAGGGCUGUGUGAUCUCACAAGUUGGUGAUAAUGUCUUUGCUGCAGUCAAAUUAUUUUUGUCAAAAAAACUUAAGGAAGUGACCGAUAAAAAGAAAAGUGCUAUUUUGAAAGACAUAGAUGAAAAACUAACAAGAACAGCAAAAGAACUGGGUUAUUCUCUGGAACAAAAAACCAUGAAGAUGAAGCAGAGAGAUAAGAAAGUGGUGACCAAAGCAUUUCAUGGAGCAGGUCUAGUUGUUCCUGUAGAUAAAAACGAUGUUGGAUACAGAGAACUUCCUGAAACAAACGCUAAUCUUAAAAAAAUUUGUAAGGCCAUUGUUGAUGCUCCUACUGAUGAUGAGAGACUGAAGGCCUUUGCACCCAUUCAAGAAAUGCUGACCUUUGUUCAGUUUGCUAACGAUGAAUGUGACUAUGGAAUGGGGUAUGAACUGGGUAUGGACCUGUUUUGCUAUGGAUCACAUUACUCCCACAAGACGGUGGGCCAGCUGCUGCCUCUGGCUUACACCCUGCUGAAGAGGAACCUCUUCGCUGAGAUCAUCGAGUCGCACCUGGCUGACCGGCAGCAGGAGAAGGUGGACCAGCUUGCGUCCUGA